AUGCUCCAGGGUCCGUCGCAGUACCUGGAGGUCUACCUCCCCAGUCCCACCACGGUGUCAUUCACGGUGACGACGCGACGACCAGAGUCGUCAAAGCUCCGUGCCAACGUGCGACAUUUUCUCCGUCACACAUGUCGGAUAGUCCUGGUCUACCUGGCCGUAUUGGCGAAUGCGGUAAAAGCGCGAGACGUUUUCCUCCUCCUUGACAGCGACGCAAGAAGGUAUCAUCUGGACGCGAUUCUCAAGCUAUGUCUCGGCAGCAGCUGGAUCAGAUCUCUCACAGAGCGAAGUGAAUGGUGGAUUCUCACCCCGCUGAGUCUUCUCGUGGUGUAUCUGUGUCUGAGGAGGGAUUAUGUGGAAGAGUCGCUUCUCGUUCUCCAGGGUCUAGGUAUCCAGACGAGCACGACUUCACGGUACUUUUUCAUGGCGCCAACCACGACGUUCAUCCCAACCACCCAGAUCCAGGAUAUUGUCAUCCACGAGGCGUUCAAGGGUCUGGCGGUGCGGUUCUACUUGGCUGUCAUUGUCGAAGGGGCCACAGAGGUGGUGGUUGUGUUUCCGACGCUUCUUCCGCGCCGUGAGAUCCUCGAAGAAGUCUGGCGAGGGGGUCGGAAAUGUCUUUAUUCCGGUAUACGCUGA